AUGCAGCUGCUCAGCUUCCUCGUCGUGCUCCAACUCCUAGCUCAAGCUUACGUCGACGCUGCUUCUAUAUUCGACCAGACAUCAAAAGGGAAGUGUCAACCGAUUGAAAUUCCACUAUGCAAAGAAGUACCAUACAACUACACGUAUUUUCCAAAUCCAUACCUACAACAGGACCAACAAAGUUUACAAACGAACACCGAACACUUCAAGCCUUUGAUCAAGACGAAAUGCAAUCGCAACAUACAAUUCUUCGUGUGCUCCGUGUUCGCCCCGAUGUGUCCAGAAGGCAUGCCGCAGGCGGUGACCAGCUGCAGAUCCGUCUGCGAACAGGUCAAAGCUGAUUGUUCAUCUAUUUUGGAGGAAUUCGGCAUACAAUGGCCGGAGCCACUGGACUGCGCUCGUUUUCCCCAAGAGCCGGAUUUGUGCAUGAAUCCAGGCGAGGACCGGCACAGCUACGAAAAGACGUCCAUUCAUCGUCACCACCUGCAUCCCUCAUCGCUUUCAUGUCCUCACGAUCUUCUGGACAUUGAUCCUCUGGAUAAUGAGGGAAUGUGUGCUUAUAAAUGCGGUGCGGAUGUGAUGUUCAGCAGCGAGGAGAAGGCUGCAGCUCGUACGUGGAUGAUUUUGUGGGGCGGUUUUGACUUCAGUAUGAGUCUGUUCACCUUCUUGACUUUCCUGAUCGAACGAAAUCGUUUUCGAUUUCCGGAACGAUGUGUGUUCUACAUCGCUUUGUGCUUCAUGUUCUACUCGAUACCGUACUUAUUCCCGUUGAUCAUGGACUACUCAGCACGUGCUUGUGACGAGCUGCUCAAUGGACAGGCUUAUUUAGUGUUUUCCGGCUUUGAAAAUACCAACUGCUUGUUUUCGUUCGUGUUCACGUACUACUUCGGCACUGCCAGCAGCUUGUGGUGGCUGAUGUUCGCUUUCACGUGGUACCUGUCCGCAUCUCGUAAAUGGGUCCCGGAGGGUAUUGAUGCGUGUUCUAGUUACCUACAUUUGGUGGCUUGGGGAACUGCGUCACUUAUGACAAUCGUGGUACUUGUUACACAAAAGGUGGAUGCAUCCGAACUUUCGGGGAUCUGCUCUGUCGGAAACACUGACCCACAAGCCCUGAUGGCUUUCUCGUUGGUACCGCGGUCGACUUUUGUCUUUCUGGGCACCUGUUUUGUCAUCGCAGGAUUUGCGAGUAUGUGCCGGGAACGUGACAGCUUCAGGAGAAGAGGCACAGAUACCUCAAAGCUCGACAAAUUAAUGUUCAAAAUGGGUCUAUUCUGUCUCGUCUAUAUUUUCCCAGCAGCAACGCAAAUUUUAUGCGAUGUCUACGCUUUCAACAUAACGAAGAAGUGGUAUCCAACAACGAUCGCAUGUAAAAGAAGUGGCGGAGUGGAGGGCGGACAUUGUCAUCGACCUCACCUGCCACAGGCUGAGAUCUAUCAUCUGAAUCUCAUGAUGUCGCUGGCAAUAGGGGCCUCGUGUGCUAUGUGGGUACUGUCACCGAAAACGUUGCUUUCAUGGCAUCGUGUUCUCUGUUGCGGUAUGUGCCGACCAGCUCCUCAGAAAGCGUCAACCGCUACCUUUGCAAGUCGCCCACUUCUGGAACCACCUACUGCUCCACCACCUCAUCCUCCAUCACAUUAUGUACCGAUGUCAACGCAUAGUCAAAAUGCCUGGCGACCAUCAAAAGUUGUCUAA